UCUGUAUCAGUGUAUCGGAGCAGCUCAGGGGUGGGGGGCUGUAUGAUAUCCUCAGGAUUACAGCUGCAGGAAACUACAAGAAUCUGUUUACUUCACCCUCGGGAAUCACAUCCGUAGAGAAUCCCACAAAAUGGACCUCAAGUCGGACACUGUUUCAAAGAAAUUUUGAGCAACUGAUUGCAGUACUUUUAUGGUCAAUUCGAGAUUACUUUUGGUGUCAUUAUUUAACCCUUCGCGAUGUGGGGCAGAGUAAUUUCGGACUACAAGAGUGGAUUUAUAAACUGCAGCAGACAAACAGGCCCUGAUGUCCCACCUACAGGAUGGGUUCCAGGUUGUGAAGCAGUAUGGAGGGCCCCUACACUCCUGACUAGUGUCCGAAAUAACGCCAACAGAAGAUUCAGCGCUACCUCCGAUAGUGGAGACACUGGAAUAGGCACUUCAAGUUCAGACAGCAUAGAAGACCACUCCAGCUCAAGUGGCAUCUCAUCCUUCAAACCAAACCGAUCUCACAUUACCAUCCCCACAGCCCAUGUCAUGCCUUCCACCUCCAACUCCUCUUCAACGAGACCUGGGCAUCAGGACGGAACUGGCUGCACUAAAUAUAACAUAACCUUGUCACAGUCUGGCAAGCCAAAAAACCUUUCUACACCAAAAACGAUAUUAGAUAUGAAGGAUCCCAGACCUAUCAGGAAAUGGUCAUCACUGUCCAAACUCUGUAGUGCAGAGAAUUGUAACCCUGAGUGUGGGGCUGCUGGGAAUGUGGAUUCGUUAACCAGUAUGGAAGAUCUAUCAAACUAUAAUGUGGAGCCAAAUGCAUAUGGAGUAAAUGUGCCAGCCAAUUUUACAUAUCAGAAGUUGGAACAUUUGAGGAGCGAGGACACACAGAGUUGGAGCACAUGUUCCAAAGAACCCAUCCAGAACCACUCUUCAGUUUCUCAUGGGGGAUACAAAUAUGAGAACUUUUGUCGAGGUGCUGGGGACUCUUCUUUUCCAGCUGCAACACCCAACAAAAACUACUUAGAUUUCAAGUUCAGUGCCUUACAUGCUGACAGGAUGACCUCAGCUGACUGUGAUGCUUCUGGAAAAAGACACAGUUUUAAGUCAUUGGAAAGCCAACCAGUCUGUGGGACACCAGCCCCAUCAUCCUUGAGGACUCAGUUGUGGCUUAGUGACCAGAUGCAAACCAAUUCUCUUGACCUCAGACCUGCUGAAGGAUCGUGUGGUUUUCCUGUUUGUCAACAUAAACAGCAACCCGAACAGUUGAAACGAGAAUCUGAUUCAGUCCAGAUGCCCAAUAAGUCACCAUUGCAGGUUUCAAUGGUCUUCCCCACCCAGCUAAGCCAGGAUUCAUGUGAAAGGAACUCACAGCUGAGGAUGAAAGAGAAUUUACUAAGAAAAAAGGAUAUUGUCAUUGAAAGCCAGGAGCAGCAGAUUAUCCAACUUCAGCAAAAAAUACAAGAAAAUGAACUUCGAGCGCAGAGAGCACUUUUGGAACGCUGUGAUCCUGCAUUCACGAUAAAAACACAGCAUGAAUCCCCAUGUGAGAAUAUGAGACAUACACACCAUACAGAAACAUCCAAAGUGAUUGAUUGUGGAAAGAAAAAUCUGGAGCAAAAGCUGUCCGCAGCGGAGCUUGAGAUUGUGCAUCUCAAGGAGUGCCUCAGGAAAAACACCCAAAAAUAUAUGGAAGAAGCAAAAAAAAUGGAGGAAAAGGUGAAAGCACGCGAGAAAUAUAUCAGCAGUCUGAAAAAGAAGCUGCAAAAAGAAUCUGAGCAAAGCCAUGAACGACAACAGAGGAUAGAAACCCUAGAGAAAUACCUCGCUGAUCUACCCACCUUGAAUGACUUUCAGAGCCAGAGUCAGCAGCUUAUUUUACUUGAAGAAAAAAAUGAAAAAUUUCAGGAUACGUUCAAAGAUUUGGAGAAAAAGCUUGGGGAGAAUCGAAUCCUUUGUAGAGAGAAGGAGGUGCUUCUGGAGAGUCAGAAGAAAAGGGAAAAGGCAUUAGUUGCCACUGUACAAAGUUUGCAACAGAAAGUAGAGAAGUGCCUAGAAGAUGGAGCUCGGCUUCCCAUGCUGGACAUGAAGCAGCUCCAGUGCGAGAACGACUACCUCAGGAAAAUGUGUGAACAUGCCAACAAGGUCAUUGACAAUCAAGAACAACAAAUAAAAAAAUGUAACCUGGAGAAACAGGCUUUAGAGGAAAGGCUGACACAAGAAAAGUCUGCCUCGCAGACCUUCCGGAAAGAGCUUGGAGAGACCCAGAGAAAUCUGCAGCUACUGAAGGAACUCAUGGAAGAAUUUUCAUCAAAGAACCAAAGAUUACCAGAAAAUUCAACUUUGGAGGAACAAUCACAAGAAACUGAAGAGCCCAAGCAAAGCUUAGCAGAUGAAACACCAGCCAUUGAAAAGCUACUGAAAGAAAUGUCCUACUGUCUACGUGACCUACGUGCACUAUGCAAUAUCCUUACUCAGAGAGCACAGGGCAAGGAGCCAAAUCUUUCUUUGUUACUCGGGAUACAAUCACUGCAUUGUUCAGGCGAUGAAGGAGAACAUUCCCAUCGUGGAGAAUUGCUUUCAAAGAAGCUAUCUGAUGUUUGUCAGUUACGGAAAGAUAUUGAUGAAUUAAGGACCAUAAUAUCCGAUCGAUAUGCUCAGGAUAUGGGUGACAACUGUAUAACUCAGUGACAAUGUGUUUAUCUUGUAGCAAUAUGAGCACUGACUGUAAUAUUGCUUUGUUGCAGUCUCGUGCUCUUCUAUUAGAGAGCCAUAAAACAAAAUUGCAGC